CUCAGAUAUGAGGUCUUGCAGGGCCAGUAAGCUAUCAAACUCCGAGAUCGGAUGAAUUAAUGGAUAAAACCGUCUGAAGUGUUGAACGUCCCAAGCUUUGAACAUCUAACUGCCGCACUUCGGUGACCACUGUCCCGAAUUUCACCAUUUGCGGGUCCGGCAAAUCUACCUUAUAUCGACCACUCACUUCAUAUCGCGCAUUUCUGAGACUCUGAGUACCUUAAGGAAUUUGAAUAUCAAACUUCAAAAUGACUAGCUCAGCAGACUCUCUACCUCAUCUGCGAUGGGGUAUCCUAGGCACAGGAUGGGUAUCCUCAAUGUUUCUCCGCGACCUCCUCACCACCCGUCCCGAUGCCAAAGCAACACAUACCAUCACAGCCAUCGGCUCCUCCUCAAUCGAGAAAGGCACUUGUUUCGUUGAGAAGCUCUGGGAGAAAGCACCUGAUAAGUCCAAGCCCCAAGUCUACGCGGAUUAUCAGGGUGUUUACGAUGAUCCAAAUGUGGAUAUUGUAUACAUCGGAACGCCGCACUCACUGCAUAGAAAGAACUGUCUCGAUGCGAUCGCAGCGGGUAAACACAUUCUGUGUGAGAAGCCUUUUACGAUUAAUGCGAAGGAGGCGAAGGAUAUUGCUGAUGCUGCGAGGAAGAAGGGCGUUUUUGUCAUGGAAGCGGCCUGGGUGAGGUUCUGUUCCCUGUUUGAGGCGUUGCACGAGGAGAUUAUCGUCAAGAAGUCAAUUGGUGAAGUCCAGCGACUUUCCAUUGACUUUGGAAACAAGUUCGAUCUGAGCAGCUUGCCUGAUAAUCAUCGUCUGAAAGACCCCGCUCUGGGUGGUGGUGCUUUGCUCGACAUUGGCUUUUAUACGCUGACGUUUGCUUCGAUCAUUCUCGGUGAUUGGAAGGUUGGCAAAGAUCAUCCGAAACCGACAAAGGUUCUGUCGUCUCUUGACAUUGUGGAUGGUAUCGACGCGGCGAAUACCGUUGUGUUGGAAUACCCCUCCGCCAAUGGAGGUGUCAAAACAGGCGUCUGCACGUCAAGCUUCCGAUAUAGAGGCGCCGAUGAAUUCGGUUACAUUCAGGGUACCAACGGAAGCAUCACCCUGUUCGGUCCAGCAGUCAGUGUACCAGGCGGAUUCCGCGUCACUGAAGGAGAGCGCCCGGGACCUCCUGCAGCCGAUACCAGGACCACGCGCGUGUUCAACGUGGAGCGCCACGAGGGAACGUUGGGCUUUUACUGGGAAGCCGAUGCUGUUGCGCAGGACAUUGCAAAGGGAAAGACUGAGAGUGAUGUUGUUCCGUUGGAUGAGACGCUUCGAUUGAUGGAGUUGAUGGAUGAGAUUAGAGCAGCGAACGGGCUGAAGUAUCCGCAGGAUGAGAAUUAGUGAUGCCUUGUGACCUGAAGUUUUGGGCAAUCAAUAAGAGCAGCAUUUACUCACUCACCGUCGGGACAAACAAAAUUGCACUCAAUUAUAAAA